UUUAGAAACCUUCAUGUCCUCUUUAAUUUUGUCCUCUCUCUACCAUGGUGUACAGAGACCAUCCCUUCUUGGGGACAGUCUCCAGCCCCUGUCACUCAAGCUAGCUAUUAGCAUGUUCAAACUCAGGGGAUGCAAACUGAUUUCAAGGAAAGAAUGUUGCCAAAACAACCAUGAGGUUCCUUCUUAAGGUAAAAACAGGUUAUUUAUCAACCCACCCAUAUACCUUCCUCCAGUGACUGAGAGUCAUCUGCUUCUAUGUAAAAUGAACUUCUUCUCCACAGCUUACAGCAGGCAGGGAAGGCUGAGGGUCUUCCUGACUCCCCUAGGAUGGAUGUGUGUGGCUGGAAAGAAAUGGAGGUGGCUCUGGUCAAUUUUGAUAACUCAGAUGAAAUCCAAGAAGAGCCAGGUUAUUCCACAGAUUUCGAUCCAACUAACCCAAAAGGCCGGCCUGGAAGCAGCCCCUUCUCCAGCUGGAAGAUUCUCAUCAGUGACAGUACUAACCAUGAGACCACCUUCUCCAAGCUUCCCGAAGACUACCUCGAUCCCCCAGGACCCGAACCAGUGAUCCUUAAUGAAGGAAAACAGCGGGUGAUCAUCAACAUUGCUGGACUGAGGUUCGAGACCCAGCUCAAAACCCUCAGUCAGUUCCCAGAGACUCUUCUGGGAGAUCGGGAAAAAAGGAUGCAGUUCUUUGACUCCAUGAGAAAUGAGUAUUUCUUUGACCGGAACCGACCCAGUUUUGAUGGAAUCUUAUAUUAUUACCAAUCUGGUGGGAAAAUCCGGCGCCCAGCCAACGUCCCCAUUGAUGUCUUUGCUGAUGAGAUAACUUUCUAUGAGCUGGGUAGUGAGGCCAUGGACCAGUUCCGGGAGGAUGAAGGCUUCAUCAAAGACCCAGAAACACCUCUCCCCACCAACGACUUCCAUCGGCAGUUCUGGCUCCUCUUUGAAUAUCCCGAGAGCUCCAGUGCUGCCCGUGGUGUGGCCGUGGUCUCGGUACUAGUUGUGGUCAUCUCCAUCACCAUCUUCUGCCUAGAAACACUGCCAGAGUUCCGGGAGGACAGGGAGCUGAAGGUGGUCAGAGAUCCCAACCUCAACACGAGCAAGAUAGUCCUCCCCCACACCAUGUUCACCGACCCUUUCUUCAUGGUGGAGUCCACUUGCAUUGUGUGGUUCACCUUCGAGUUAGUGCUACGGUUCAUGGUCUGUCCCAGCAAGACAGAUUUCUUCAAGAACAUCAUGAAUAUCAUCGACAUCAUCUCUAUCAUCCCCUACUUUGCAACUCUCAUCACAGAACUAGUCCAGGAGACAGAGCCAACUGCCCAGCAGAACAUGUCCCUGGCCAUCCUGAGGAUCAUCCGACUGGUGAGGGUCUUCCGCAUCUUCAAGCUCUCUCGCCACUCCAAGGGGCUGCAGAUCUUAGGGCAGACACUGAAGGCUUCUAUGCAGGAGCUGGGGCUGCUCAUCUUCUUCCUUUUCAUCGGCGUCAUCCUCUUCUCCAGCGCAGUCUACUUUGCUGAGGUGGACGAGCCAGAGUCCCACUUCUCUAGCAUUCCUGAUGGCUUCUGGUGGGCAGUGGUCACCAUGACAACUGUGGGCUAUGGUGACAUGUGUCCAACCACUCCAGGGGGGAAGAUUGUGGGCACUCUGUGUGCCAUUGCGGGGGUCCUCACUAUUGCCCUUCCUGUGCCUGUCAUUGUCUCCAACUUCAACUACUUCUACCACCGGGAGACUGAGAAUGAGGAGAAACAAAACAUCCCAGGAGAAAUAGACAAAAUCCUCAACAGUGUGGGCUCAAGAAUGGGCAGCACAGACUCUCUUAGUAAGACCAAUGGGGGCUGUUCCACAGAGAAGUCCAGGAAGUGACCUGUCCACCGGCCCCGGGCUUCUUGGAUUCUCU